AGCUGGAAUCGUUUGAAGUUACAUUGUGUUCUUACGUGAUACAUCAUCAUGAAAGUUACUGUAGCACUUGGUAUCUUUGUCGCUGUGUUUGCCUCCAUUGAAGCAUAUGGUGCAUAUAAUGGUUACGAUGGUGACAGUUAUGGUAGCAAAGGACAUGUCUUGACCAGUAUUGUACAUGGUGUACACCACGGAGUUGUCGGAAGUUACCACGGAGUUGUUGGAGGUCACCACGGACUUGUUGGAGGACACCACGUUAUUGGCGUACCUAGUGUUUGGGCUGGACCAUCAGUUGUUGUUCAUCACCAUCAUCACCAUGGCGCCGUCCACUACGGUGGCCAUCACCACGGCGGCCAUCAUCAUCAUAGACGUCACAGGAAACAUAAAGGGUCUGGAAGUUCAUCUAAUAAAGGAUACGGUUAUGGAAAAUCAAGUUAAAUAUGUUCACAUAUUGAGUGAAAUAAACUAAUUUAAACCAUAA